GACCGGCUUGUUUGUACGUCAGUCUGUCUGUAGCUGCUAAAGGACGAACGUUUGUUUACUUCUCUAAUUACUACCCGGUAUCAGCUUUGUGUUUAUCAACAUGAGAAUCCACAGCGUGCAAGGCAUGGGCCGCAGAAUUACUACUAUCGACGCUGAGCCUGACAAUGCAAGUUCUGAAAUGGAAGUGUUAUUUGAAAAGUUUGUAGAGUACUUGAAAGAAAAAGGUGAAACGGACAAAUUGGUGGAGCUCAAACAUGGACAUGGACACCAUCAUUGGAAACAUUGGCAUGGGUUCCAUGGACACUUUGGACAUCAUGGUUUUGGAAACCAUGGACAUUGGAGACCUCAUGGACCACCUGGACAUCAUCACCACCACGGCCAUCAUGGAUUUGGUCCUUUUGGGAAGUUCGCCCAUCACGGACCUCACGGACACAUCGGCAAGCACGACCACCAUGGAAUGGAAUUCAGUCACCGAGACAUGCAUAAAUUUGCGAAGCAUUUCUACGGAAAAGACGGCCACGAUAAUGAAAAGAAAUGUAAAGGAAAGGAUUUCUACAAAUUCCUGGCUUUCUACAAAGCCUUCGAAGAUCAAAAUGGUGAAGGAGUAAGCAAUGAUGAUGCAGAAAAAUCUCAUGAUGAAGAAGCAACUCCGGCUGAAGAUGAGUGUCAGCAGUGCAAAUGUGGUGGCAAUAAGAAAUGUGGCAAGUGGGAGCGUCGUGGUGUAAGAAGAUUUGGACUUGGACGUCACCAACAAAAAGGACAGAACAAAUACAGCAAAAAGACUGUAAAUAAAAACUCUGAAGCAAAGAAUACUGAUGAGGACCACAGUGAGCUCAACCAAGACCACGAGAUGACAAUUUCAGGAAACAAAGAUGAAAAUACCGCGAGACCUGAACGUCCGAAUACUGCAUGAGAACAGAAAAAUAUAUAAAGAAACGUUUGAAACUAUAAUACUAGCAUGUAUGAGUAUAAUCCAGCCCAUAUCUUAACUAUGAUAGCAAAUAUGCAAUACCUACUCAUUAUAUUUUUAUUUGUAAAUUCGUAAUGUGUUUGAAGGAGAACGGAGUUAUUAUCAAAACUAUUUAUUUACCAAAAUGAUGAUGGUGGUAAACCGAUGAAGAAUUUUUAGGUUUUAUGAAUAAAGUGACUAUGAUAAUAA